CUUGUACUUAGGUACUUAGGUAUAUACCCCUCCAUUGUUGAAAAGGUUGAAAAGUCUCGUCAUUCUAAACUUCAAGAUCUUAUUAACUGCCUCUAUACAUACGUGUAUAUAGGCAAAUAGAGAAUAGUUUACUACAUCGCAAGACCAUAAGAUACCAUUCACAUAUAACAUAGUAUUCAUCCAUUGGACCCGAUACUGAAAAAAAAUGACAUUCUCUACUUCCUCAGCCACGGCAGGCUCUACCACAUCUUCUACCAUAAGUCUAACAACGCAUAUAAAAGCAACAUAUACCAACUCAAGAUCGACUCGCGGCACCACAUCAUUGGAAUCCUCUCUAUCCUCCACUACAGGAUUCGCACUCUCAUUGCCACUCUCUCUCCCCAGUACCGAUUCGACAACAGCACAGAAGACGACCUAUCUAAGCGAGCUACGAGAAGCUGUGUCGUCGCUACAGGAACGCAUGAACAGCGAAUUAACAACGAGGAUGGAGGUUGAGGCAAAAGAGGCGGCUGCUACCAUAUCUACCACCUCGAACGCCAAGGGCAACAAGACUGUUGGUGCUAGCGCCGUCGACGAAGCGGCUGAAGAGGAGAAUUAUGGCGAGGAGGUAGUGGAAGGCGAUGAGGAAUAAUGAUAGGCCAAUCAUUACUCGUACUACUAACUAUACAAAAAAGAUGAAACCCCAUCUACAGCACUGGAAACUGAACGACAUUUAUAUUGCGCAUACAAUGAUUUCGAACGACGUUGGAUUGCUUCUCCCCAAAACGUGAGAAAGCGAUAUCAAUUUGACAACAGUCUGGAUACGAGGGGGUAUUACCCACUAAUCACC